GUAAUUAUUGGCUUGUCCACAGUAAUUACUGGGAUCUAAGCCCGACUGCUCAUAACCACUCAUGAGCUCCAUCGAUCUCCCUGCCUUUGCUUUAGCAUAACCAAUCUGCUUCCACUGGUGCGCUACAUGAGAGAGCCAAUCCCGAGAAGACCCACCCUCAUCCACCGCUCUCAACCCACUCUCCUUCAUUUCCUUCAUUCUUCUCCUCAUUGCUUCCCCUUCCUUUCCCAUUGCCAACCUCACCAGCUUCUCGAUCUCUUCCCUUCUCACCACCAUCUUCGUCGGCAACUCCUUCGUCCUCAAACCCACACCUACUUCCUCCGCCUCCAUCGCCGCAUUCAUCUUCUGCUCUGCGUACAGAGGCCACGCAAUAAUCGGUACUCCGUUCACCAUUCUUUCCAAUAUAGAGUUCCAUCCACAGUGUGAUAAGAACCCUCCUACCGAUGGAUGGUUCAACACCACUAACUGCGGGGCCCACAUAGGGACAACCAAUCCUACCUCUCGGUUUCGAUUCAAGAGCCCAUCGGGCAAAUACCUUGAAAGCCCAUCACCUCCGCCUCCGGCGUUGAAUAAAGCCCCGUCCUUGCCAGCAGGCGGACGCACCACCCAAAGGAAUCGUUUCCCACUCAACUCCAACCCAAAAUCCAACUCAGUGAGUUGCUCUUCCGACAGCGUUCCGGCGCUCCCCAACGAUACAUAAAUCACCGAUUCGACGGGUUGCUCAACCAGCCAAGCCAGACAGUCUGCAUGUGAUUUGUCACAAGGUAGACCGGAUGAUCUAACUAUUGGGCCUAACGGAUAAACCGGCAGCGGCAUGAUCCAACGUAGGAUGGGAUCUUCUCGAAGCGCUCUGAGUCCUCCCACGUGUUUAUUAAUAUCCCAUCUGCUAGGGGUAAGGUGGACCCCAUAUAGAGACAACAGUUGUAUUGGUCUUACUUCCGGUCCAUCAUGGAAUCGAGCAGGUCCUCCGCCCGAAUCGGCUUGCAACCUGGGAUGCGAAGCGGCUCCUGCAUGUCCACGUACUCGCCCUUUAUCUCCUUAUGCAGCGUCGGCACGGACACCAUCAACGCCAAGUAAGCUGCCGUCAUCGGGAUGUAGAGGUAUUUGGGGAUGCCUAGCUCUUUUGCGACGGUGAAAGCACUGGUGCCGAACAUUUCAACGACAAGGACAGUGGGUUGCGGUGACAUGUCAGCAAUAGCAGCUCGUAAGGCUGGGAUUGAUUCUCUGACGAUGAUGUGGAUACGGGGAGACGACGGCUGUUUGACGAGUGACAAAGGUGGAGAUAUCGGGCGGGGAUAGAUGGACGAUGCGGAUGGCGGAGGGGAGGUUUAGGGGGUGUUUGGUUCGAAUUAUCCGUCGGAUCAGAUUCUAGGGAUUCGAGUUCUCAUUUAAAUUAAACCGUUUGAUUCAUAUUUUAAGGCAACUGAUUUGGAGUCAGCGUGUUCAACUGAAUCACACAUUUACACUAAAACUCUGGACUCCACGGGAUUAACCUGAAUAAGUAAAUCCAGAAUCGAGUCAGGGAUUCUAGGGUUCAUAUAAAAGGUAGAGAAUUAGGGUGAAUCAACUUUUAUCGGGAUCUUCUUCUUCUUCUUCUUCUUCUUCUUCUUCUUCUUCUUCUCAGUUUUGUUUUCUUUUGUCACACAUUUACCCGCUUUGCAUGGAAGACGAUCGCAGCCGAUAGCCAUCUGAAAACUGAUGCUGUAUUCAAGGGCUUGUCUCUUAGGUUUCUAUUUCACUGUGUAAGGUUUACACAUUUGGCUUAGACGAUCGGCUGCCGAGGGUAGUGCAAAUCCAUCUGAAGUUAGCGGUAUGGUCCGUUAUCUUCUUCAAUCGAAGAUCUGAAACCCUAAUUUGGGGAUUUUUAAGUUUAAGAUGAAGUUAGCGGGUUGAAUACGAUCUACAGAAUCACGCCCUAGUUGCUUCGAAAACGACCGAAGCCUCACCCUCUCUCAACUCUUCUUCCUCCUCCUCUUCUAAGAGCGACUGCAGAAGUCGGUUUUGAAAGAAGUCGUAGGACUUUGCUCACAUUACUAGUAGGGGCUGUGGAUUUUGGAACCUACAACCAAAGGUAAAUCCCUACACUCUCUCUCAACUCUUCUUCUUCCUCACCUUCUUUGUGCCAUUCUCUGCUAUCACAGUGUAAUUUUUUUUCUCAAAUCCCUUGACCAUGGUUGUCAAAUAAGUUGAAAAAUCGCAUGAAUUUGGUGUUGCUUUGUUUGUUUAUGGAAGGAAGUGGUUGAUGUGUCUAUCCUUAAGAUUGAUAGUGAUAUGUGAAUCAAAGUUUAUUUGCAUUUCAGUAGAUUUUUUGUUGCUAUUCUUUUCCUUUUGAUGCUUUGUUUGCUAUGAAAUUAUUUAUUGAAUGUUGGUUGAAUGAACAACGAUAUGUAACUGAAUAUUGGAUCUUUCUAUCCCAUUAUCAUUUUUAUGAUUGGUAAACAUUGGAAGUUUACUAAUCAUGGGUUUGAGUGCCUGUAUUGAAAAUUUAUAAAAUAACAUUUUAAUUAAUCAUGAGCAGCAAUUUAUUAUUUGUUUAAUUUGAAUGUAGAUUUACUUUUACAAUGGAGUUUGAUGAUGGCUACAAGAGGCGAAGGAAAAUCAUAAUCUUUGCUGCAACUGUUGUUGUUAUAGUAGUAGACCAGUAUAUCAAAAAAUAUCUGAAUAAAGAGUCAUACCGUUGUGAACCCCUACGCGGUAUUAUUGAGACAGAGAGAAUUAUCGGUCAUACUGAUAAAACCUGUCGAGAACAAAUAAGAUUAAGCAAUAGGGUUUUUUUCAGUUUAAGUCAUUUGAUUAGGGAGAAGGGUCUAUUGAGAGAUAGCAUAUCUGUGCAAGUGAAUGAACAACUAGUUAUGUUUCUCCAGACAAUAGGACACAAUAUUAAAAACCACGUCAUUGCACACAAGUUUAGACAUUCUGGUGAGACUGUAAGUCGGUACUUUAACCUUGUAUUGGGUGCAAUCAUUAAAUUGUAUUCGAUACUAUUGAAACCUCCAAAUGUCGCAACGCAUCAUCGAAUAACAAGUAAUAAAAGAAGAUUUUACCCUUAUUUCAAGGACUGCAUCAGAGCCAUAGAUGGAUCCCAUAUCCCUGCGUGGGUGCAUUUAAGCGACCAUCUGAGGUUUCGUGAUAGGAAGGGUGAUAUUUCCCAAAAUAUUCUUGCUGCCUGUGACUUUGGCAUGAAAUAUACUUACAUUCUUUCUGUUUGGGAAGGGUCAGCAUCAUAUGCUCGAAUCUUAGACAAUGCAUUGCACAGAGGCGGUGACGGAGAAUUGGUGGUGCCACGAGGUAAAUAUUAUCUUGUUGAUGCUAGGUAUGGUAACCAAGCGGGGUUCUUACGGCCAUAUCGAAACGUUCGAUACCAUCUGAAAGAGUGGAGAAAUUGUGAUCAGUCACCAAGUGAUAAAAAGGAAUUGUUUAAUCUGAGACAUUCACAAUUAAGAAACGUGAUUGAACGUUCAUUUGGCCUCCUGAAGUCAAGAUUCAAGAUCUUGAAAAACCAACCAGAAUAUCCUUUCAAAACACAAACAAGAAUUGUGUUGGCAUGUGUGCUGUUGCACAACCACAUUCUUACACAGAAUAGUGUUGAAGAAGAAGAGCGAUGGCUUGAUGAAGAGGAUGAAGAGGGUGAAGAAGAUAGUACUAGUACCCAAUCUACCCCCCACCAAGUAAAUGAUGAUGUUGAAGACGAUAGUUCUGAUGGAGAGGAUCAUGUGCAUAAGAAUGCUGAUUGGGAUCUAUUUCGAGAACAAAUUGCUGACCAUAUGUGGGCUGAUUGGGUGGCUGACGAUUUGUCCUACUCAGAUUGAGUAUUUAUGAACUGAAAUAUUUGCUAUUGAUUAACUUUUAUUUGGAAUGUAUUUCUGAUGUGGAAAAUUUUAUUUUUUUUACAUGGUUUGGGAUGACUGUAUAACUUAAACAUACUUGGUUUAAAAUUUUAUGUUGUGGGAUGCAUGUAUGUAGACUAUUAACUGAAUUGCAAUGCUAGGUUUAUGGAUUUCCCAAUUAAUAAUUGUUAUUAUUACUUGAUAUGUAUGAAAUAUACUCACAUUGUAUUGUAUUGUGGUGUAUU